AACUUGCGAGGGAAGACGCACAAAACAGAAGAGACGCACGUUCAAGGGAUUCGGCUCUCUCUCUCUCUCUGCGCGUUCGAAGCGAAGCGGUCGUAGCAGCCGCCUCACACCAUCACAAACUUCCCACUUCAAACUCUUUUGUUUCCAGCAAUUUUCUCUGUCCUCUCUGUGAACGCAAACCAUUCAAAUUUCUCAUGCAAUCCACUCUCCGCACAACGCCCAACCCACGCCACUUCCGUCUCCCUCGCCAGCUCAAUGAACCCCUAACACCCAUUUCGAAAAAACCGAGAAUUGUCAUCAACUCUUUGAGAACUCCCCUUCACUCCGACCCCGAGGAAGAUAAACUCCGCGGAGAAGGCUUCGGACCCACUUCUUUGCCUGCGGCGGCGAAGCUUCCGGUGGUGAUUAGGAAGUCCGGUAAGGUGUCUAGGUACGUUUGGGAUGGGGAUUGCUUGCGACUGGUGAGUGUUGACGGUGGGGCUGCGUCGUUUGGUCUCGAUUUCGAUGGUGGGGUUCGGGAACUGGGAAGAGCCUGUGGGGUGUUUGUGAGGAAUUUCUUCAUUCCGAAGCAAGUGAGUGCGAGCUACAUGGACUAUGUGAAAUGGAAGCUCUUGCACCGUGUCUUCAGCUCUGCUCUUCAGGUUCUUGCUACUCAGGCGAUGUUCCGAGCUAUAGGGAUUGGAUACUCUCGAUCACUGCCCUCGGCUGCUGCAUUGAAUUGGGUCUUGAAAGAUGGACUUGGACGGCUGAGUAGGUGCAUUUACACUGCUAGCCUGGCAUCUGCUUUUGAUACCAACUUGAAGAGGGUUCGGUUCUCAACAUCCGUUAUCUUCAGUUUGAGUAUUGGUGUGGAGCUGCUGACUCCUGUAUUCCCACAAUACUUCCUACUUCUUGCAUCCAUAGCCAACAUCGCGAAACAAAUCAGCCUCGCAUGCUAUUUGGUCACUGGUUCUGCUGUUCAUCGGAGCUUUGCUGUAGCUGAUAACCUUGGUGAAGUUUCUGCGAAAGCACAGAUUCAGGCAGUGUGUUUUGAUAAUCUUGGCCUUAUGCUUGCUGCACUUCUUAACAUGUCACUCAAGAACAAUCAAAGAUUGCUUGCAGCUUUGCCUUUUGCAGUAUACCCUAUCUUCGCAGCACUAGACCUUUUGGGAAUAUAUCAGGGACUCAAGUAUGUCCACCUGCAAACUCUAACUAAGGACAGGCUUGAGAUAAUCUUAAAUACAUGGAUCGAGUUUGGUUACGUGCCCUUGCCUGCUGAAGUAAGCAAAGAGGAGGGGAUUGACAUAUUCAGUCAUAAAAACAAAGACUCUUGGCCCAUAAGAAUAGGGAGCUUGAGCACCAAGGUUCAGAUUCCCAGGUUGCCAUUGAUGGCCAUGAAAUCUGUGAAAAGCAAAGAUUAUUACUUCAUCUGCUUGGAGACCUUUGGUGGAUUGGCAAGAAACGCGGAACGAAAUAUCCUGCUUUGUCUAAGAGAAGGAGCUGGCACUUCAGAUGUUAUCAUGGGUUUGUUGCAGGCGUGUUACAUUCGCAAGGCCCUAAUUCAGAAUGAGAAUCGAUGGGAGCAGAUUUUAGGGGCCUACUAUGUAUCAGAUUUGGGUUUCGAAGAGUGGUUUAAAUUGGCCGAUGAUAGCAGGCAGUGUGCUGAAAGAAGUUUUCACACGGUGAGCGACCAAAUCGCGGCAAUGGGCUGGGCUGCUAAGAAUAUUUUGUUGAGCACACAGGAGCAGGCUCGGUACAGUUUCAUAGCUGACUGAAGACGUUGGGCGGCACCUUAUGGAGUCACAAGCGGUGUCUCCCGCUGAUAGACAGUUCUUUCUUCUUCUUUUUGGUUUUUUGGCCGUGGAAGCAUAAGAUGUUGGAUUAGGGUUUUAUGUUAUGAAUGAAGAUAUGUAAGGUGAGGCUUCUCUCUCUCUCUAGGGUGGUCAUUGGGAGGUUCUCAAUUAAAUGUGCAUAUGUUUCUGUGUUGGAUUCUGGAUGUUCUCUUAAGUUUUUGUCCUGUACUCCGGUCACCGGAGGAGAAACAAAAGUGAGUCAUAGGUAUCCAAACAAGCUGCUCAACUUGGA